GCAAACCAAUAGAUGGCGACACAGUACAUGUAAUCAAAGUCAAAACAAUUAUUAAUAAACUGGCCUACCGUCACUGACAAACCCUGGAACAAGAGUAAAUCCGAAGGUUGUAAUCAAAUUUAUUUUAAGUAAUUUGCUGUGUCUUUAUUUAACAUUAAUUGAACAGCUUUUUGAUUUGCAUGGUAUUUCGGCAAUGUUUCUUACUGAAAGCGAUUGCUCAAAAUUGACAAAGCUCAACAUUUCGCGAAAAAUGACAUAACUGCAUAGAUAUAAGGUCUUCCUAUGUCACGUGGGGAGUGUUUGCAAAUCCAUUAGUGUUUUUUAAACCUGCUUUGGUCAGGUCUGUUAUGGGCAACAAACCAGCCAAUCAGUGUUGAGAGAGAACUCUUGCUUCUUGUUUAAUUUCACAAUCACAUGACAAGCAUAAACGCUUUUAGGAUAUGAGAAACAUUAGCUAGAAAUCUUCUGUUUGGGACUGCUGUAUUCUCAGAAAGUAUUUCACUCCUUUUGGAUUCAUACUGCUAAACAUACCGUUUUGUGUGAAACAAUGACGAGCAGAGACACCGAGCUCACUCCAUGCGAUCUCGAAAAAAAGGCUGUGGAUGAACACCAAAAACAGCGGAGAAGGGCUCUCCAAGCACGUCAUCGAGCCACGUUAGCUAGUCUUUUUGACUCUCUAAAAAUGGUGGUUUGUCCCGGCAGUAAGAAGACCCCUGCAAAGUGGAAGAUCCUGGAUCAUGCCAAAGGAUACCUCAAGGAGAAGGAGACUUGCCUCAGCUAUUUGCUGUCACUGAAGCGUCAGUAUCCACGGCGGACUGGAUCUUAUCUAGAGAGAGACGACGGCCCCAACUGUUUGGAGGAGGUGCGAGAGCAGUUUAAGAAGCUCUGCUCCAAUUGCGUCCUGGACCCCUCCAGCAGGAGAGGCCGCUACAGAGGCUCUGUGUUGCCCGACGUGGAGGAGGCCCUGGAGGAGAGUGGCAGCAGUGAGGUCUCCCCCGACGACCCCGCAGACGAGACGCCCUUCUCCCAGUCCUCUGACCUCUCCGCCUCCAACAUACAGGAGUUUGAAGGGUACUUAUACUUCUACCGGCAGACUCUGGAGCUGCUGGUGUGCAGAGGAGUGCUGGCCCCGGAGCAGACGGGCCUGGCCGUGGUGUCGGAGGCUAUCUCGGGCCUGUGGAGCAACCUGCCGCCGGAGCGCAGGGCCGCCUUCCGCCAGUGCACCCUGGGAGCCAGUCCCUUCUCCUGGAUGAGCUGCGUCGAGGAGCCCCAGGCCGACGACUGCUCCCAGGGGUCGUCCCAGUUCCCCAGCCAGGAGGAGGCGUCCACGUCCUCGCUGCUGCAGGAGGACCUUCUCCAGGACGCUUAUGAUGUGGUGAAGAGGGACAUGGACUCCAGCUCCUUGCCCAGCCCAGAGUUGCUGCCGCCGUCUGGGGGAGACUUUGAGAGGCUGAGGGAGAUCUACAAGGACAUCAUGGGCUUCGUCAAGAGCCAUAUGUCCACAGAGCUGGAGUUCACUGAGGAACUGUGCCUGUCUGCAGAGUACCAAGAGCUUUUCCUGAAGUGCUCUGAGAGCUUUGGAGAACCGUUGACACCCCCAUGACCCCCCACCCCCGCCUAAUUUUCUCCACUUAUCUGGUGGAUGUUGAUUUCAAAAGCACUCGUUAUUUGUUUUCGAACCUAGAUGAUUAAGAAGUCCGGAUUGUUUCACCGGCAUGUUUUUUUUUUUUUAUACGUGGCUGUUUUCAACAAAACUUUAUAUUAUGGUGUUCACUACAGUUGAUGCAUUUAUAUUCUUCUCAGGCAUGACAGUGAAUAAGUUUCUCUUAAUAAAUGCAUUUUUUUCUUAACAAA